CGUCCCUACAUCAUCAGCAGUUCAACGCGGCCCAGCAGCUACACCCCCUUCAUCCCCAUCAUCUGCCGCCGCCACACGGCCAAUACGGUACGCCGCCGACGCGUCAUACCACCAUGGAUCUCGAGAUGGGGACCAAGUCUCGCCAGAGAAAGUCGCCUCUUCCGCGCGGGUACCCACCUCCCUCUUCGACGAUGUUAUUCGAUGACGACCCGGGCAUCAUGUCCGAGGUGGAGACAUCGAGCACUGGAUUUCGACGGGGUGGUAAGCAAAGAAGCAGCCUCCCCGUCGUACGGACCCCCAGCAAAACUCUGGAGCGACCACUAGGUCUAGUGUUCCUGCAGUAUAGAAACGAGACGAAGCGGGCGCUCCUACCCAACGAAAUCACUAGCAUAGACACCGUUAAGGCUCUCUUCGUCAGAAGUUUUCCCAAACAACUCACUAUGGAAUAUCUAGACAGUCCUCACGUCAAGGUUUACAUACACGAUAGCAACAAGGACAUGUUCUACGAACUCGAAGAUCUCAGAUCGCAUCUGAGGGACAUCCGAGACCGCAGCGUCUUGCGACUGUUCGAGAGCACUGACGGUGUGACAGGGAUGCCAGGACCUUUGGGGAUACCGGGAACAGGAACAGGACUACCUCCUCACUGGGAAGACCAGAGCUAUUUCAGCGAGCCGGAAUUCGACAGCGAAUAUCAGCAUCAGCAUAUUCACAAAAGCAAGGUAAUCAGCUUUCGAACGUCUGCAAAAUGUAUAGCUUCGCUUCGUCGUUCCUCUUCGGGAACACGCAAAAGCUUCUCGCACUGUCGAUUUCCGUAAUACGUAACACCGACGCUUAAAUUUUAUACGUAUUCGCAUUAGGCAACGAUCCAUCACGACGUCGAUCGAGUUGAAAAUUCACUUUUGAAUUCCGUAUAUGGUAUUCGAUGACGUGAUAGAAGAAAAAGCUCUAACGCGGCAAACGGCCAAUGACAAACACAGGUUUUACAGUGAACGUUUUAUUCAUCUUAAACUCUAACAACUUCGCACGUUGAUUUUAAUCGUAUCUCUCUUUAAAUACUUCCGAGUAUGUGGCCGAUCGACGACAUUCGGUUCACAUCAGAAGUGUUUCUUCGAUCGACGAUUUCUUCGAUCAACGACGCGUUAAACGUCGCAAGCCGCAACUUGCAACUCUGACUAACCUAGACACGAGCCCGCGUCAAGAAUUAACCCAACGACGGAGCUGCUAUCGGAGAUCCAGCGGAGCAUAACUUAGGGUAAAAACAUAGCGAGCAGAUUUGGGUGGCGUUGUAGCCGACUAUUCAGCCGACUGUUGAGUCAGACGGAGGAUAGACAAAGCCGCUAAGCAACUCAGUCAGCCGAAUAGUCUGCUGCGGCACCGCCACUUACACCUGCUCGCUACUUUUUUACGUUUAGCUUAGCAUAGUUUUAGCUUCGCGAUGGAUUCCCUUAAUAAUAAAUACGUCUCCGUAUGCGAUCGGAGUGACUCUGUGUAAUCAAUAUCCGCCCGCGGCUAUCGUUUCUAUCCGCAACGCUUGUAAUCGCGUAAUCGAGCUAACGUGUUCGAGAUCCGUUGGCCUCGGGUUCACGGCACGUAGAAGAGAUCCUGUGUCAGCGAUAGCGGUCGGCUACCGAGACGCGAUAACCAUAAAUCUCUGGUCUAGUCGUGGUCGAUGCCGCGAAUGGACCCGAGCGGACCCGAGUUCGCCGAGUCUCGUCUCCUGUUUCCGUCGAAAACGCCUUGUUGACACUUUGAUGGCGUGAAACGUUGGCGAUUGCAACGGCGUACGAAUAGCG